GGCCAGUCGUGCAGUCGCUGGGCCGGUUAUGUCUUGCGUUUGCAAAGGUUGACGAAGUUCGUUCGUGUGAAGCAGUGUGUUAACAUAAAACAUCCAAUCGUUGACAUUUCCAACCUGCGACGCGGCUCGUGUUCCCGAAAGACUAUACAGUGUUGUGGUCAGUUUUUAGUUGGUUUUUUUAACAUAAAAUAAUUUGCAAUGGGGGCUGAUAUUGGGUGCGUGUUGGUCAUGUUAAUAGUGCUGGUGUACGGUUGUGGCUUGGUGUUCAGUGGAUCUCUGCCCAGUGAGCGGACCUCCAAUGUGAUAACUUCUUGCGCCCCAGUCAAACCUAUUCUUGAGAUGAAGAACCUGUCAACUGAUAUCCCGGAUCAGCCUGUCAACGGGUCAGCGUUGAGUGUAUGUGAAUCAGCACAGAGCUGCUGCACUCUGGAGAUGGAGACGAAGUUACGGCUGCUGGUCCGCAAAGACUUCCAGGCUCUGCUGCAUCACAACUCACGUUCUCUGGAGGGUCUCCUGGCCUCCACCGCCGCCAAGCUUCAAGAUCACGUGACAGAGCUAGCAAGACAAUCGGAGAACAAAACACUAGUGCUGUUCAGUCAGGUAUACCAACGUAUGGCCAUACUUGCAAGAGAACCAAUCUCAUCGCUGUAUUCCGAUCUCCUUGGUUACCUGAACGCGGAGAAAGAAAACCAUCACGAUAAGGAUCUAAACAAAGACGCAGCAUCUUCUACAGCCACAGUUAUGCCCUCUGUAACUCUUGUCACGGCAGAUUUAAAUCUUGAAGAGUCUGUAACUACAUUUUUCGCCAGUCUGUUUCCUUUGGUGUAUCACCAUGCUGUUAACCCACACCUGCGUGAUUUUUCAAGUGAUUACAAAUCGUGUCUAAGAGCAACUAUAUCGGAGGUCCAACCUUUCGGUGAUAUACCAAGGCAACUGGCGCAUGGAGUUGCCAAGACGAUGGAAGCCACUAGGGUUUUACUGCAAGCUCUGAACCUGGGUGCUGAGGUUCUAAACAGUACGGACACCCUGUUGAUGACUGACUCAGUGGACGGUAGUAGCGGUGUGAACGGUGCGCAGUGGAGUGAGUGUCACACGGCGCUACUGAGGAUGUCCUAUUGUCCGACGUGUCAAGGAUUAACGCGUGCAGGGUUGAAAGCCUGCUCUGGGUAUUGCCUCAACGUGUUGAGGGGGUGUCUUACUCAGCAUGCGUCUGAGUUGGAUUUACCUUGGAAUGGAUUUGUUGAAGCCAUUGAGAGACUGGUGGUUGCGGUCAAGGGUCAUGACUCAACCCCUGCAAUUGUGCUGAACGUGGAGGAAGUUGUGCGUUCUCUGGACACCAGGAUCUCGGAAGCCAUUAUGUACGCCAUGGAGAACGGGCCCAAUCUGGAGAAAAAGGUCCAUAGUGAGAGUUCAUACCUGCAGGAAAAUAAUCGAUUCAUUCUUGCAAAUUGGAGAGCACAGUCGCCAAAAUUAGGAGCCAUCAUUUUGCAUAUCGCAUCACGGUGUUCGUGCCUAAACUGUACGGCUGUAGACACUAUGUGA